AUGAAGUCUAUCAUCGUUGUUUCUUUGGUCGCUCUGGCUCACGCGAAGUGCGACUGGCCCAGUGAUAUAGGCGUAUGGUAUCCUAAGCCAGGCCAGAUCUUCGGGACAGUCAUAAUGGACUUGGGAAUAACUGAACAAGAGAUCCAGUUGCUCAACCCAAAAAUAAGCAUAGAUAGGAUCUACCCUGAGGAACCAUACAAUGUCACAUUCAGACCAUCUCGGUCCGGAACGUGGACAGAGGGGUGUCCGUCUUCCCUUAGGAUUCCAGAUACAUCGAUACUAGAUCCGUCGAAUGCUGGACAAGAAACCCUAGUAUCUACGUCGACCGCUGCUGCUACCGAUAGUGUUGGUAGUGAUGAUGAUAAUCAUGAUGAUGAUAAUCACGAUGAUGAUAAUGGUCGUGGUGGUGGUAGUGGUGGUGACGAGCACAGCCUCCAGAUUACCCAUACCAUUCGUAAGACGGUAGCAACUGGAACCAGCACGACAGCCACUUAUGGCUCCGACCUAUCAUCUAUAUCGACGGGGAUUGAUAGUCAAUCUGCCGAUGUGUCAUACCCGUCUUCCACAAAGAACAGAGACAGUGGCAACGAAUCUGAGGGAUACCCGACGCCUGAGUCGAUAAGUGACAUGCCGACGAGUGCAGCAUCGAAGCCCUCGGGGACAUUGUCAGAAGAUGGAGAAAUUAGCGCUUCUGAUACCAAAUGGCCUGGGAAAGCUGAUGGAUCAAAAACUUCCGGGACCGCCCAAUCGGCAGGUACGUCUGAAAAGACACCUACGAUAAGUCAAGACCCAGAAGCGAAACUGCCAACAGCUUCGGAGGACGCGGUGUCAUCAUACGCCACUGUAGAUGAAGAGCUGACAGGGACGCCGAGCCUCCCAGAUGUCUCGUCCACCGGCGUAGGGUCUGCAACCACUGGUGCGGCGACAGAGAACGAACAAAGCCUGGAGUCUACACUCGCAACCUCAUCUGUUCUGUCGUCCAUUACCGGUACGACCAAACCAGAAACUGCACCAUCGUCAACACUGUCACAGACAGACGCAUCCAAUGAUAACGAAACAGAGAAACCGAGCGGUGCCUCGUCCAAUGAAGAACGCACCACUUUGCCCGAAGAUCAUUCAACCCAGAUACACUCAGCAGGAAGUGAAAAAGUCGAGUCAUCCACCUUAACAGAAGCUUCAGCUACAACUACGACUGUAUCACAGGCACAGGAACUUACUGGAUCGAGUACAGAUCCGAGCAGCACUGUUCCCACUGAAGACAUCUCAAGAGAAACAAAGUUUACAAACUCGAAUGCAGCGUCUGACCAGACUGUUACGUCCGUACAUACGACGCCAACGGCGGCCAGUUUCGCCACUCCAUUCGGUGACGGCUCGACGAAACAAACUGCCACGGGAGCCACAGGUUCGUCCGCAGAGACACAAACCACGUUAGUGACUUCCCCUUCCAAGGGCACCCCAAAGACCACGACUACAGCAAGCCCGUUCAGUUGGAAUGAGCUGCGUUUGGCAACGUGCCUUUACGAUCAAGAUUUGAUUGGACACGGACAGCUGAAUGGGGAUAUGGUGCUGGGGAUGAUAGCCGAUUUCUGUGAUAGACCAGAUAUUGAUAGCAGCAUGAAGUAUGGCGACAAAUGCAUCGAGGACUCUGGAAAGGAUAAGUCCAGGGUUGACUACAAAUUCAAAAUCUGUCCUAAGAACCAUUGCCCAAAUUACGGUCAAAACAUGAAAGAUCCACAGGGGCAGGGAGGUUAUUCUUGUACAUAUAUCUUCUUCGAAAGGAUCUGGCGUUUCUGCAAUGAUAAAAACCACAACGGUAACGGAGGAUCGUGGGACUCUGGAUGUCUUGAAUACUAUUUGGAAAUCGGAUAG